AUGCCUUCCCUCCGCACCGCAAUCACGUUUAUGCUUGCCCUCGGCAUCGGUAUCAACCCCACAUCCGCCGCACAUGCUGGCUUUCAUGUCCAGUUCCCAUGGCUGUCCCGCGGUCAAAAAAUCUGGACCCGGCCGGAGAUAGAUCAGUACAAUCCUUUCUGUCGAGACAUCGUACACAACCCCCAAAGAUAUGCCCACCGCUCCCGCACCUUUCUCUCCUUCUCUGGUCACCCUGGGGACCUUGUGACGGCGCUGUAUUCUCGGAGCAGAGUCCCAAGGGAGAGAAACGACUUUACUCACAUCAUCCUACAAGAUGUGCCCAUCCAGCCUUCGGGACAGCUGUGCGUGAACGUAACGAUACCGUUUCAGACCAAGAUUGGCGAGAUGGGUGUCAUGUACUUCGAGGCGAGGGAUCCGGAAACUGGGAACGUGGAAUACUAUUGCUCUGAUGUCAAGAUGGCCGACAUAGAGGCCCUCCCAGAAGAGCAUCCGGCUAUGUGUGCUGCCGGCAACGAAACCCUGAUCCCAAUGCCGGAUGAGUUUUUGUAG